CCUGCCGGCAUAAUAGGCCAGAGCGCCCGUCACGUGGAAAUAAACUGUCCUGGACGUACUUCGAUCGGGGAGGCAGCACCCGCGCUCCGGAAAAACUCCGGGGGGCAGCCCAAGUUCAAACAUGGAUCUCUUCUCACAAGCCCAGGUCGACGCGCUGCGACGACUUAAGGAUGCGUUCGAGCAGAAACUACUCGACGAGGACGAGUACAAGGCUGAGAAAGCCAAAGUCCUCAACGCGACACCGGCCGCUGCGCCGGCGCCGGCCGAAGACGACUUCGAGCUGGUCGGCGUGCAGACGCCGGCCGAGCGCGCCGCCGAGUCGCGGCGCCGCGCCGAGGCCGAGGGCAAUGUUGUCGAGAUCGACGACGACGAGCCUGCGGCGCCCGCACCGCCACCGCCCGCGAGGAAGAAACCUGCUGCGAGGCCCGACGCGCGCCCUACCCCACGCCACGAGGAGCCGGUCAUGCUCCGAUGCCGCCGCGUCUACUUCGGCACGGCCCUGCGGCGCGACGUCUCGGUCGUCUUCGCGCCGUCCUGCAUCACGAUGGUGUGGCGGAGCGACACGUCGCGACUCUACAUCGAGACUAGGCUCGCAGCAUCCCACAUGACCUCGUUCAAUAUGUACCAUCGAUCCCACAACGUUCGCGCGGGCGACAACGCCGCACUGGAUGACUUUGUCGCCAUCGGCCUGCGCCAGGCGCCGCCGCACCUCCGCUCCAUCGAAGGCUUCGAGCCCACGGACGACGCGGGCCCACGCAAGUACAUCGUCAUUGUCCUCGAAGGUGACGCUCUCGCGACCUUCAAGCUCAAGGCGGUGCCGGCCGUCAUCUGGGGUGGUCACGCCGGCUGGCCCGCAGCGCCCGUCAUUGGCACCGUAGCAGCGGCGCGGCCGCUACUCGAGGGCGUCGCCGCCGCUGAUGCUGCGGCGGGCUUCGUCGUCCCGCCGGUCAUCCAGUCAUACACGCGGCGCGCCCCUGACGACGACGCGGCGCCCGCCGCGCCGCCGGUGCGCCCGCGGCUCGGACAGACGAGGGAGGAGGUCGUCGUUGUGCGGUGGAGACCGAAGCCCGCCAGGAAGGACAUCGUGCCGCUGACGACGGCGGAGAAGGCCGCCGUGCUGCACGCCAUCGCGCAGUUAGAUGGCAAGGCGACGCAGAGGAAGGUCCGCCGCGCGGCCGAGUCGGCUUUGGGUGCCCCGGAGGGCGCCCUGGACGCGAAGAAGGCCGCGGUCAAGGAGGUCUGCGAGGACGAGAUGGCGAAGCAAGCAUCGGAGUCCGCGCCGCCGCCGCUCGGCCGUCCGGCGGCCGGCGAGCGGCACGACCGCGCCUACCGGGACGCCGUGAGCGCAUUCCCGGGCAUGGCGGCCCACCGGCGCCCGGCCGCGCCCCCCGUCGCCGGGGCGCCGCCGCUGCGCCGGCGCGACGGACCGUCCGUGGGGGAUAUGCUGGAGGCCAAGCGACGCAAGAUCGAUAAGCCCGCCGACACGCCGCAGGGCCUCACGGCGUGCUUCGCCGCCUUCUACCCGGGCAGCCCCAACAAGGCCAAGUUCGAGCGCUUCGCGGCGGAACACGACAUCAGACCAGAAUUUUUACUUGCCUUGCCCGCGAGCAAAUGCGAGGAUUUGCUCCAGAAGCACGGCUUCGAGGGCGUCGUCGUCUUCACGUUCCAGAGCCGCCUCCGGGAAGUCUGUCUAGGAUGAUGUAUAUUUACGACU